CCAAAUUUUCAAAAAAAAAGAAAAAAAAAAAAGAAAAAACUUGUUGCGAAACAGCCCCUAGGGUUUUGUUUUGUCGGUUUCGAUGUUCAAUGUUCUAAAUUGCUCGCUGAAAUUUAUCUACGCAUCAAGCUUGUGCGGCGCCUUCCUAAAAAAUGAAGCUAGUACCCAGGGAAGGGGAGAAGUUAGCACUACAUAACGCCGGUUUCUUAUCGCAGAAACGUCUUGCUCGUGGUCUCCGACUCAAUUACACGGAGGCCGUUGCGUUGAUUGCGACUCAGAUUUUGGAGUUUGUUCGUGAUGGAGAUAAGACAGUUACAGAUUUGAUGGAUAUUGGGAAACAACUCUUGGGAAGGAGACAGGUUCUUUCCAGCUGUCACCCUUUUAAACACUGUUCAGGUUGUAUUCUGCUGAUUAUGUAG